AUGGAUGGUACCAAGGACUCCGGAACCCAUCACAUCGAGCAAUAUGUCGUGGACAACCCCAAGGACCAAAACCAGGGGUCAAUACCGACGGCCUUGAUUGAUUGGUCUCCAGAAGAGAGAAGGCAACGGGAAAAAACACUGGUCAGGAAAAUUGACACCCGACUAUUGAUAAUCAUGUUGGUUAUGUAUAUCCUCAACUACUUGGAUCGCAACAACAUUGCAGCGGCAAAGUUGGCUGGACUGCAAGAUGACCUAAACCUCAAAGGGGAACAAUACCAGGUCUGCGUUAGUAUCUUGUUUGUCGGAUAUCUCCUGAUGCAAGUGCCUUCGAACAUGAUUCUCAACAAAUUCGGCAAACCUUCGAUUUACCUGCCAGGCUGCAUGGUUGUAUGGGGUGUCAUCUCGUGUUUGACUGCAGUCACGAAGGACUUCGGGGGCUUGCUAGCGGUCCGAUUCUUCCUUGGGUUUGUUGAGGCAGCUUAUUUUCCCGGCUGUCUCUAUCUCCUAUCAGCGUGGUAUACAAGGAAGGAAUUGGUUAAACGGACCGCCCUACUAUACGCCGGAUCAUUGAUUUCAGGCGCAUUCUCAGGCUUAAUCUCCGCUGGUAUUACAAGCGGCUUGAAUGGCGCCCGAGGUAUCGCAGCAUGGAGAUGGCUUUUUAUUAUAGAGGGCUCACUGACGAUUUUUGUGGCUUUAUUCGCUUUCUUUAUCGUUCCAGAUCUUCCCAGGACUACACCCUGGUUAAGUGAAGAUGAGAAAGUGCUUGCGGCCUGGAGACUAGAAGAAGAUAUCGGCGAAGAUGACUGGGUGGAUAGUGAGCAUCAAAGCAUAUUCCACGGUGCAAAAAUUGCUAUCUUGGACCCAAAAACCUGGCUACUGCUUGGCGUCAUCUACGGUUGUACAUCAUCUGGUGCUGUAACCACUUUCUUCCCAAGUGUGAUGUCUGGACUUGGCAAGAACAACAUUGAUACUCUACUCCUGAUGACCCCACCGUAUCUCAUAGGCACAAUUAUUGUGUUGAUCCAUGCUUGGAAUGCAGACCGUACAGGAGAACGAUACCUUCAUCUUUGCCUUCCACCAAUUUUUGCUAUUGUAUCCUUCAUCCUAUAUAUGGCAGGAAACAACUUUGCCGCUCGUUAUGUCGCAAUGUGCAUCAUGCUAGGUAGUAUUUAUGCCAGCUACGUUGUUGCCCUCGGAUACAUUUCAAACAUUCUGCCGCGCCCCGCCUCCAAACGUGCAGCUGCUUUGGCCUUUAUCAACUGUCUCAGUAACGUGGCCCAAAUCUACACGCCUUACCUUUACCCUGAUUCGGCCGCGCCUCGAUAUAUUACCGCUUUCAGUGUCAAUAUCGGGAUGUGCAGUAUGACGAUCAUAUUUUCGACUAUCCUUCGCAUUUAUCUCGGGAGAUUGAACAAGAAGCUCGAUCAAGAGGAGGGUGCUGAUUUGCCCCCGUCUGCCGGUCCUACUAGUAGUGGAGGACAUGAUGUGUCUGAGUUGGUCGUCAACCGGGGCUUCCGGUUUUUGCUUUAG